AUGGCGUCAAACGCGCCGUUUCAUUUCGCGGGCGACUCCGAGUCAGACGACGAGCCGUUCAACCCCGCACCUGCCGACAUGUCGGACGAGGAGAACGAGGUUGAGGAUGACAGCCGCAACAAGAAGGGCCGUCGCAGCCCCGCUGACGAUGGCGAUGAGGAUGAGAACGAAGAGCAGGCUGAGGAAGGCGCUGAAGAGGAGGAUGCUGAGGGAGAUGGUGUCGCUGAGGAUGAUGAGGAAGAAGAGGGAGGAGAGGAGGAGGAGGAGGAGGAGGAGGAUGAAGACGAAGAGGAUGAGGAUGUUCAACAGCAUCGCCGACGUCGUAAGCGCCGCAAGGACCUCGGUGCCGCUUUCUUGGAUAUCGAAGCCGAGGUCGAAGACGAAGAAGAAGCCGAAGAUGAGGACCGCGAGGCUGAAGGGAUCGAUGACUUCAUCGACAUUGCCCAUCCCGACGACCUCGAGGAGGUCAGCCGCCUGCACGACGAGCGGCAGCACCGCGCCCUCGAUCGGCAGCGCGAGCUGGAAGCGUCCCUUGAUGCUGAGAAGCAGGCCGAGAUUCUGCGAGAACGCUACGGCAAGCGCGCCGCCAGCCGUGGCUAUGGAGACAUGAAGGUCGUGCCGAAGCGCCUGCUCCUGCCGAGCGUCGACGACCCAAGCAUCUGGGCUGUUCGCUGCAAGGAGGGUAAGGAGAGAGAGGUUGUCUUCAACAUCAUGCGUCGCAUCGAGGAGCGCAUGGGUACGCCCAACGCGCUUCCCAUCACGGCCGCCUUUGAGCGCGGCGGCCCCAACAGUGUCAUGAAGGGCUACAUCUACGUCGAGGCCCGUAGACAGACCGACGUCUUGAUUGCGCUCGAUGGCAUGCUUAAUGUCUAUCCGCGCACCAAGAUGAUGUUGGUCGAGAUCAAGGACAUGCCUGAUCUGCUUCGUGUUACCAAGACGCCUACCCUUGAGCCUGGCGCGUGGGUGCGUCUGAAGAGGCCCGCCAAACAUGCUGGCGACCUUGCCCAGGUAUUGGAUGUCACCGAGAACGGUUUGGAAGCUCGUGUGCGCUUUAUUCCUCGUCUCGACUACGGUGUUCGCGACGAUGCUUCUUCGAACCUCACUCCUGACGGCAAGCGCAAGCGGCCUGGCAUGCCGGCUCCGCGCCCGCCGCAGCGUCUCUUCAGCGAGGCCGAGGCCCGCAAGCGCAACCCCCGCUACCUAUCUGGCAAUCCCCAGACCAACACCUGGACGUACAUGGGCGAAGAGUUCGAGAACGGUUUCCAAGUCAAGGACAUCAAGAUUCAAUGGCUCGAGACCAAGGACGUCAAUCCCACUCUCGAGGAAGUUACCAAGUUCGCCAGCGGCGGCGAAGACGGCACCGAGAACCUCGACCUCAAGGCUCUGUACACCAGUCUCAAGGACAGCAACAAUGUUACCUAUGUCCCCGGUGACGUGAUCGAGGUCUACGAGGGUGAGCAGGCUGGUGUCAUAGGAAAGGCAAUCAGCGUGCAGGGUGACAUCGUCACUCUGCGUGUGACCGAGGGCGAGCUGGCUGGCCAGACUCUCGAAGUUCCCAACAAGGGCCUACGCAAGCGCUUCCAGCUUGGUGACCACGUCAAGGUCAUUGGUGGCAGCCGUUUUCGCGAUGAAGUUGGUAUGGUCGUCAACAUUACUGAUGACCGAGUUACUUUGCUUUCGGACCAAACCAAUACCGAGAUCACUGUGUUCAGCAAGGACCUGCGCGAGGCUAGCGACAUUGGUGGACAGGGCUCGCUUGGCCAGUACUCCCUUCUUGACCUCGUUCAGCUCGAUCCUACUACCGUCGGUGUAAUUGUCAAGGUCGAUCGCGAGUCCAUGGUUGUGCUUGAUCAGAACGGCGAUACCCGCCAGGUCAUGCCCUCGCAGAUCGCCAACAAGCUGCCAAAGCGCCGUACUGCCGUUGCUGCCGACCGCAAUGGCUCGGAGAUCAGGCUCGAUGAUGUCGUCCGAGAGUAUGGUGGUCAGCAACGCCAGGGCAAGAUCAUCCACAUCUACCGGUCCUAUGUUUUCCUCCACAGCAACGCCACGACUGAGAAUGCCGGUGUGUUCGUCACACGCGCCGGCAAUGUUAUGACGGUCGCUGCCAAGGGUGGUCGCGUUAACGCCAACGCCGGUCCUGAUCUCAGCGCCAUGAACCCGGCGCUCAAGCGCAACCCCAACGGCACCAACAACAACAUGCCCCCUCCCAAGCAGUCAUUGGGUCCUGAUCGGGCCCUCAAUCAGCACGUGUCAAUCCGUCGCGGUGUCUACAAGGGCAUGAUGGGUAUCGUCAAAGAUACCACUGAGACGCAUGCCCGUGUCGAGCUGCACAGCAAGAACAAGGUUGUCACUGUGCCCAAGGCCGAUCUCAUCUUUCGCGACAAGAUCACCGGCAAGCCGAUCGACAUUUACAGUCGCGGUGGCCGGCCCGCUCCCAGCUCCAGCGGCCGUCCCGGAGAUUACUCUGGCGGCAGGACGCUCAUGGGUGCCUCCGGAGGCGAGAGGACUCCUGCUUGGGGUUCAUCAAAGUCCACCGCACGCACCCCAGCCUGGGGCCGCCCCGAAACCUCCGGCUCUCGCACUCCUGCCUGGGGCGACGGCUCUCGCACCGUCAACCCUUACGACGGUUCCCGCACGGCCUACGGCGGCGCCACAGCCUAUGGCGGCUCCCGCACGCCCGCCUGGUCCUCCAGUGCCAAGACCCCAGCCCAUGAUGGCUUUGGCCACGGCUCCAAGACCCCCGCUUGGUCCGCCUCCGCAUCUUCUUCCCACGACCCCUGGGGCUCGAAAACUCCCGCUUACGGCGUCUCUGCUCCUACACCAGGUGCUUCAGGCUCAGCUAACUCGGCUUCCGAUCCGUGGGGCUACACUCCUGGAGCAAGCGGCUCAUCCUCGCAUGGAUAUGACGCGCCGACGCCUGGUGCAGCACUCAGCGCCCCGACUCCCGGAGCGGCAUUGUCUGCGCCUACACCGGGGGCAUACUCUGCCCCAACGCCAGCGGCUAUAUCUGCGCCUACGCCAGGUGCGUGGCAGGGCGGUUGGGGUGCGGACUCUGCGCCGACGCCGGCCCCGUUGGGCGCGCCCACGCCUGCGGCAAGCGGAGCUGCAGCGUAUGGCGCCCCAACGCCUGCGCCGGGGGCGUAUAGCGCGGAGACGCCGGCUGUGCCGGGGUAUGUGGAUGAUGAUUGA